AUGAGACCAUUGAACAAUAUACUGAAUGAGCUGCCUCGAAAACAGCAGCACAAUACAAAGACUUCCCCCGGCUCACAAACAAGUUAUGACUACAAUGACGAACCCGUGGGUAAAAUCUUCACUGAUAAAAAAUUUACAAACCCAUUACACGAUAUUUUAGUCAAUAGCCGGAGAACUUUGUCAAGAAUCAAAAUUGAGCUUCCACAAGCUUCCUUGAACAAUCUCAACCAACCAGCUAUUCAAAAUAAGGCGAAUUUCCCAAUUUUUGAAGACAAACAAAAAACGUCACCAUGGACUACUUCACGACAGACAGAACAAAACUCGCCAACUCGCAGAAGGGGUAAAGUCGACGACGAUCUUGCUUGCCAUGCAAACAAUAUACUUCGUAUGGCCAUCGAUUCCACAAUGAUGAGUUCCAUGAAUUCAGUAACGUUGCAAAAUAUCAACAGUGACUCAUUUGAGGAAAAUGCAAACUCAAACGGCAAAGUACCAGAGACAAUUGAAAUCAAUGAAGAAGAGAUUCGAGCCGCAAUAAGUGGAUGA